GUAGCGAAAGUCUGUAGACUCUAUACAAUACAAUACACAUUGCUUGCUGAGAAAGAAGAACAAGGAGGAGGAGAAGAGAAAGGAAAAAUGGAGGCACCGAAGACAAUAGAGCACCAAAUCGGAGGAGUCCAAAACGAUGCGCUUCGAUUUGGACUUCAAGGCGUCAAGAGCGACCUCGUUGGCUCUCACCCUCUCGAAUCUGCUUACGAAUCGGCAAAGAUGAAGCAGGAGCAGAUUAAUAGGAAAGUCUUGGGAUACACUUAUGGAAGUGCGUUUCCACUGAAGAUGGAUCUCGAAAGGCAAAUCCUUUCUCGAUUUCAGAGGCCUGCUGGAGCAAUUCCUUCAUCAAUGCUGGGUUUGGAGGCUAUGACUGGAAGGUUAGAUGAUUUUGGCUUUGAGGAUUACCUGAAUGACCCUCGUGAAUCUGAAACCCUCCGGCCUGUAGACACACAUCAUGCAAUGGAAGUUCGCCUCGGGCUGUCAAAGGGUCCAGUCGCCCCAAGUUUUAUGUGAUCCUAGUACGUCAUUGCCGAAAGAAGAGGGAUUAGUAACCUUGUGAUUUUUAUUCAUGGAUUUAUACUUCCGUGUCAAUGUUGUUUUUAAGAUGUGAUUGGCAGUCAUCCUGUGAGUUCAAAAUCUAGUUCAUGGAUAUGUGGUGUUACAGAUACUUUGUAGUAGUCUUGGGUAUCAUUAUCUAAUUACAUUCUCGUAUUUGAUAUUU